CUUUAAGACACAAGAACUACAGAUACAAUAUCUAACGUUGACUCUAUGACUGGAGAGUAACCCGGGAGAUCGUUCGACUACAAAGAUGGAGGACAUAGACGCCAUGUUCACUGACCUGCUGGGAGAGAUGGACCUCCUGACACAGGGUCUUGGGUAUGAAAUGGAUCCCUCAGAAAUGUCAUCCAGCAGUUCACAGAUAGAAAACAACUUCUCUAUUGGGUUCACAGAUUUGAAAGAAUCUCUAAAUGAGCUAGAGGAUCAUGACCUUGACGCGCUGAUGGCUGAUCUGGGGUCAGAUUUGACGGAGACAGAGGAGACACUGAAUGCAGCCAAGAUGGGACAUGUCCACACACAACAGCAUAAGUCUGGCUACUACACCCCGCAACAAAAUGUCCAAGCAUCUAUCCCCUCAUCCCAAAUGUCAUCCUCCUCCUCCUCUCUCCAUCCUGAACCCUCUGAACCACUAGUAGCGGGAGAGGCUGAAGCACAAGUCAAAGCUGACAAAAUCAAGCUGGCUCUGGAGAAGCUAAAAGAAGCCAAAGUUAAGAAGUUGGUGAUCAAGGUGAUGAUGAGCGAUGGCAGCUCCAAGACACUGAUGGUGGACGAGAGACAGACGGUGAGGGACGUGCUGGAUAAUCUGUUUGAGAAGACCCACUGCGACUGCAGCACGGACUGGAGCCUAUGUGAGACCAACCCUGAGCUGCAGGCUGAAAGGGGGUUUGAAGACCAUGAAUAUCUGGUGGAGCCUCUUUCUGCAUGGACACGAGACAGUGAAAACAAAAUCCUUUUCCUUCUGAGACCCAACAAAUAUCUCCUCUUCAAAGACCCCCAGAUAUUCUACCUAUGGAAGAAACAUAAACAGUUUGUGAAUGAGAUAAACGGAUGCCGUAAGGAACUUCUGCUAAAGGAAAAUUUUGAGGGGCCGUCUGUCAUCGUCCCAGACCUGGAGGGGCCGCUGUAUCUGAGGGAGGACGGGAAGAAAUCGUGGAAACGUCGCUACUUCCUGCUCAGAGCUUCUGGGAUAUACUAUGUGCCUAAAGGAAAGACAAAGACAUCCAGGGACCUGGCGUGCUUCAUUCAGUUUGACAAAGUCAACAUCUACACCGCCACUGAUUACAAACAGAAAUACAAAGCACCCACUGACUUCUGCUUCAUCCUCAAGCAUCCUCAGAUCCAGAAGGAGUCCCAGUACAUCAGGUUCCUGUGUUGUGACGAUGAGCUCACUCUCUCCCUCUGGGUCAACUCCAUCAGAGUAGCCAAGUAUGGUGCCACCCUGUACCACAACUAUCAGACGGCAGUGAGGAGAGCCUUAACCACCACCUCCACUCUGCAUGUGACCAGUCUGCCUGUCUCCAGCCCUCCCACACGUUCUACUGGGCACAUAGCAACAGUGAGGGCCAAUGAACACCCUGAUCAGGACUACCUCUCUGAACCGCCCCCAGACUUUAUUCCCCCGCCCCCUCCUGGGUGGGGCUCUGGGGUCUAG